AUGGUAUCCUCAACGGCCACCAACCUCGAGCGCGAGGACCACGCCCGCGAUGCGGAUUUCAACAAGGCCUUGCAUGGUAACAGUGCCAAGGCCACCGGUGGUCUCGCCGCCAUGUUCAGCAAAGGCCGCGAUGCUAAGCAGGCCGCUGUCGAUGAGUACUUCAAGCACUGGGAUAACAAGGCCGCCAAGGACGAGACUCCUGAGGAGCGCGCAGUGAGUCGUCCUGCUUUCUCGUGCUUCCUAUACCACCCCGAACUCUUCUACUACAAUCUUGCUACCGACCUGUACGAGUACGGCUGGGGCCAGUCCUUCCACUUCUGCCGCUUCUCUCAUGGCGAGCCCUUUUACCAGGCCAUUGCCCGCCAUGAGCACUACCUCGCCCACCAGAUUGGCAUCAAAGAGGGUAUGAAGGUUCUCGAUGUCGGAUGUGGUGUUGGUGGACCUGCGCGCGAAAUUGCAAAGUUCACUGGCUGCCACGUUACUGGCCUGAACAACAACGAUUACCAGAUUGAUCGAGCGACCCACUAUGCUGCGAAGGAAGGUCUAUCCAGCCAACUCGAGUUCGUCAAGGGAGACUUCAUGCAAAUGUCUUUCCCCGAUAACUCUUUCGAUGCCGUCUACGCUAUUGAGGCCACCGUCCACGCGCCUAGUCUUGAGGGUAUCUACAGCGAGAUCUUCCGCGUGUUGAAGCCUGGCGGUGUAUUUGGCGUCUACGAGUGGCUGAUGACGGAUCAAUACGACAACGACAACCUGGCCCACCGCGAAAUUCGCCUGGGAAUUGAGCAGGGCGACGGUAUUUCCAACAUGUGCAAAGUCUCGGAAGGCCUUGCCGCCAUGAAGGCUGCUGGCUUUGAGAUGCUUCACCACGAGGAUCUUGCCGAAAGGCCUGACCCUAUGCCAUGGUACUGGCCUCUAUCAGGCGACCUAAAGUAUAUCCAGUCUGUGUUCGAUGUGUUUACAAUUGUGCGAAUGACCAAGCUGGGGCGCUUCCUGAUGCAUAACAUGAUUGGUGGUCUUGAGGCCAUCAAGCUGGCUCCUGCUGGCACCAAAAAGACGGCCAAUAGCUUGGCAUGGGCUGGCGACUGUCUCGUUGCUGGGGGCAAGGAGCACUUGUUCACGCCCAUGUACCUGAUGGUUGGAAAGAAGCCCGCCAAUUAG